UGAUCCUUCAUUUGAAUACAAGGCUUACAAAUACACUUGGUACUGGGACGCCGGCGUUUCUGCAGCGCAACUAGACAUUAUGCCUGAUCCAUCCAAGUCGGCUCCAGCCCCCAAAAAAGGCUCAAAAAAGGCGGUCACUAAAGCGCAGAAAAAAGAUGGCAAGAAACGCAAACGGGGCCGCAAGGAGAGCUACUCCAUCUACGUGUACAAGGUGCUGAAACAGGUGCAUCCGGACACCGGCAUCUCGUCCAAGGCCAUGGGCAUCAUGAACUCGUUCGUCAACGACAUCUUUGAGCGCAUCGCCAGCGAGGCCUCCCGCCUGGCGCAUUACAACAAGCGCUCGACCAUCACGUCCCGCGAGGUGCAGACGGCCGUGCGCCUGCUGCUGCCAGGGGAGCUGGCCAAGCACGCCGUGUCCGAGGGCACCAAGGCAGUCACCAAGUACACCAGCUCAAAGUGAGGUGCGACAACGGUGCCCUCAAUUCAAAGGCUCUUUUCAGAGCCACCCAUACCGUCCUUAAAAGGGUCUUGAACACAGUGUGGGUCACUGAUGAUUGUCACGUGCCUGAGGCCUUCCCUGACACGGUGCAGCCAAGUCAGAUUUGUGAGCUAGGAACGUGGGGAAAUGGCUGCUUUGCUCUUCCUAAGCAUAUAGUGUGAAGGAUGCGGGAGCAGGCAAUGGGCGUGAGUCUCCUCCCCAAGCCUGGAGCUUCGGUGGGCGAGGUGACAGUGCAGUGG